AUGGACAGGGCAAUUCUGGCAGACAGAAAAGCCCUUUUCCCAUUUAUCAAAAGGCUAAUAUACUGAUGAGCUUGGAGAAAUUUGAUGAUGCUUUAGAAGUUCUGGAAGAACUUAAAGAGUAUGCCCCUCGUGAAAGCAGUGUGUAUGCUUUGAUGGGUAAAAUCUAUAAGCGGCGUAACAUGCAUGAAAAGGCCAUGCUCCAUUUUGGUAUUGCUUUGGAUUUGAAACCAUCUGCAACCGAUGUUGCUACAAUUAAGGCUGCUAUUGAGAAGUUACAUGUACCGCAUGAAUUAGAUGAUAACCUUCAAAUCCAUUGAUGUUUGAAUAGGCAAAUGUGGAAGGGGAUCUGUAAAAUUCCUGGCUGAGAACAUGUUUGCCCAGACUGAUUGGCCUUGCUUGCGCUUUCGAUUGGCGCCGAACAAAAUGGUAACAAUUUUCAAAAGGCAAAUUAGUUUGUGCAGUCAGAGCUGAUA